GCCCGGUAGCGAGCAGGCAGACUAGAACCAGCUGAACGACGUAACACUGUACCAUGCUUCGCAAUGUCCUAGGAAAAACCUUUCGAUUUCUUGGGUAUACUGUGCAAUAUGGCUGCAUAGCGCAUUGUGCCUUUGAGUACCUUGGAGGAAUUGUUGUGUGUUCUGGACCUUCAAUGGAACCAACCAUUCAAAAUUCUGAUAUUGUCUUUUCGGAGAACCUUAGCCGCCACUUUUAUUGCAUUCGAAAAGGAGAUAUUGUAAUUGUGAAAAGCCCAAAUGACCCCAAAUCAAAUAUCUGUAAAAGAGUAAUUGGCUUGGAAGGGGAUAAAGUCUGCACAAGCAACCCUUCAGAUUUCCUUAAGAGUCACAGCUAUGUGCCUAAAGGACAUGUUUGGUUAGAAGGUGAUAAUCUCAGGAAUUCUACAGAUUCCAGGUGCUACGGACCUGUUCCUUAUGGACUGAUAAGAGGACGCAUUUGUUUUAAGAUAUGGCCUCUGAAUGACUUUGGAUUUCUACGUGCAAGCCCCAAUGGCCAUAGAUUUCUUGAUGAUUAAAAGAUUUAA